AUGGUUGGCGUACGUCGCAGCAGUGGCUGCUCCCGUUGUGUGACCCGUAGAGUCAAAUGUGAUGAGCGACAGCCGGGCUGUGCAAGAUGCGAGAGAUACGGCAUGCCUUGCCCGGGCUAUGACCGCUCCUUCAAAUUCAUUGAGGGCAAACCAUACCGGCAACGGCGUCGUCGCACGGACUCAGAGUCGGACGAUGCUCAGAGCGAGAGUCCGACACAUGGGACCCUAGCAGCCGGCCAGAUGUUAAUGGAAAGGACUUUGUCACCAUCGUCAUCAUCAUCAUCAUUGGACUCUCCGGCGUCUGAUGUUUUGCAAGGACUCGGCAUUAUGAUAUAUGAUCUCUGCUACCAAUUUGCUCCGAGCCAAAACCACAACUCCUUCCGCUGGUUUUCUUUGCUGCCAACUAUCUAUGGGGAGAACCAGACCCUGGAUGCAACGAUCAGGUGCUUUACCGCGCACCAUUGUGGGAGUGUUAUUCAAAAUGAGCAGAUGAUUCGGUACUCCCGGUCUGCCUAUGGGGAAGCUCUGCACAGACUGCGCCGGUCUUUGCAAAACGGCGAAGAAGGCUUCUCCUCCCACAUAUUCUGUGCCGUGGUGUUGCUAUGUUUAUAUGAGCUCUUCACAGACACCCACGACCCCGAGUCGUGGAUGAAACAUGCGGGAGGGCUGAGUUAUUUGGUCAAAAUAAGAGGCCCUUCUCGUUAUCGGAAUGAGUUUGACAAUGCUCUUUUCAAGCACGCUCGAGGAUUGAUUGUGAUGCACUCCAUGUUUUCUGGUCAACCCUGCUUCCUAGCCUCACCCGACUGGCACGAGAUGAUGCGAGAACAAUAUACAACCGACGUCCCCGUCCACCUGCACAAUAGCCUUGAACAGUUCUUCGCCUAUUUUACAUUCACACCAAGUCUCGUACACAGGCUCUACAGCCUUAGAGAACCAGAUAUGACCAGGGAAAAGGCAAUGCAGAUAAUAUCCGAACUUCUACCCGCCGCCCUCGACAUGAAAAUCAAGAUGGAUGCAUGGUACGAGCAAUUUUCGCAACUCGCUCCCCCGCCCACGGAAAUACCCGCUUCGACGAACGACCCGCUAUUCCCUAUGGUUCUCACCUUCUCAGAUGUGUUGUCCUCCACUCUGUACACGGCCUACUACUCUUACAUGGUGAUUAUACAUGAGAUCUUGAGGGUGUGCGGCCAGCCUGGGCCGCAUGCUGAUAUGGUUUCCUAUUUCUGUGAUCAGAUUUGCAAGUCGGUCGAGUACAGCAGCACCGGCUUUCUUGGGCCAUAUCGCGUGGGCUUUCCUCUGCGCGUGGCCAUUGAAGUCGCGGAUCCUGAGACCAGAGCUUGGAUUAUGGGUCGACUGCAGGAAUUCUCCAAGAUAUAUGCUGCUGCACAGCCAAAGAACUUUGAGACCAUUUCACAGUCACCCGCCCUUUCAGAGGUGGGUUGA